UAGAAGUGCUGAGUAAGCCGAGGUUCCGCCAGGCCCAGACUGGGAGACAGCGCUGGUGGGGAGUAACCUGGGUGUCUGUGCAGGAAAGCGCUGCACGUGGUAAGGUGGGCAUGGGAGACCGAGCCCACCUGACCAGAGACCCCAUUUUCUUCCAGACUGAGGGGGAAGGCGGUGGGGCCUCCCCAUCAGCCCCACAGAAGAUGCAGUUCUUCGGCCGCCUGGUUAAUACCCUCAGUAGUGUCACCAACUUGUUCUCUAACCCAUUCCGGGUGAAGGAGGUGGCCGUGGCUGACUACGUAUCAAGUGACCGGGUUCGGGAGGAAGGGCAGCUGAUUCUGUUCCACAGCACUUCUGGUCGCACCUGGGACUGCAUCCUGGUCAACCCCAGGAACUCACAGAGUGGAUUCCGCCUCUUCCAGCUGGAGUUGGAGGCCGAUGCCCUGGUACUGUUCCAGCAGUACUGCUCCCAGCUGCCACCCUUCUAUGAAAGCUCCUCCCAUGUACUGCACACCGAGGUCCUGCAGCACCUGACUGAUCUCAUCCGCAACCACCCCAGCUGGUCAGUGGCACACUUGGCUGUGGAGCUGGGGAUCCGCGAGUGCUUCCAUCACAGCCGCGUCAUCAGCUGUGCCAACAGCACAGAGAAUGAGGAGGGCUGCACCCCCCUGCACCUGGCCUGCCGAAAAGGUGAUGGGGAGAUCCUGGUGGAGCUUGUACAGUACUGCCACGCCCAGAUGGACGUCACUGACAAUAAGGGGGAGACCGCCUUCCAUUAUGCUGUCCAGGGUGACAACUCCCAGGUGCUGCAGCUCCUAGGAAAGAACGCGUCGGCUGGCCUGAACCAGGUGAAUAACCAGGGGCUGACCCCGCUGCACCUGGCCUGCCAGCUGGGGAAGCCGGAGAUGGUUCGCGUGCUGCUGCUGUGUAACGCCCGGUGCAACAUCAUGGGGCCCAGCGGCUACCCCAUCCACUCAGCCAUGAAGUUCUCCCAGAAGGGGUGUGCCGAGAUGAUUGUCAGCAUGGACAGCAGCCAGAUCCACAGCAAAGACCCUCGCUAUGGAGCCAGCCCCCUCCACUGGGCCAAGAAUGCAGAGAUGGCCCGCAUGCUGCUGAAACGGGGCUGCGACGUGAACAGCACCAGCUCUGCGGGGAACACCGCCCUGCAUGUGGCAGUGAUGCGUAACCGCUUCGACUGCGUCAUGGUGCUGCUGACCCAUGGGGCCAACGCUGAUGCCCGCGGCGAGAACGGCAACACCCCGCUGCACCUGGCCAUGUCGAAAGACAACAUGGAGAUGAUCAAGGCCCUCAUUGUGUUUGGUGCAGAGGUGGACACCCCAAAUGACUUUGGGGAGACUCCUACAUUCUUAGCCUCCAAGAUCCACAAACUUGUCACCAGGAAGGCACUCUUGACUCUGCUGAGAACUGUGGGGGCAGAGUACCGCUUCCCUUUUACCGGAGGGGUCCCCACGGAUCAGGGCUCUACAGCAUCACAUCACCCCAUCCUCUCCCUGGACAGAGCUCAGCCCCCGCCGGUCAGCCUAAACAACCUAGAACUACAGGAUCUCUUGCACAUCUCCCGGGCCCGGAAGCCAGCAUUCAUCCUGAAUUCCAUGCGGGACGAGAAGCGGACUCAUGAUCACUUGCUCUGCCUGGAUGGAGGGGGCGUGAAAGGCCUUGUCAUCAUCCAGCUCCUCAUCGCCAUUGAGAAGGCCUCGGGUGUGCCCAUCAAGGACCUCUUCGACUGGGUGGCAGGGACCAGCACAGGGGGCAUCCUGGCCCUGGCCAUUCUGCACAGUAAGUCCAUGGCGUACAUGCGCGGCGUGUACUUUCGCAUGAAGGACGAGGUGUUCCGGGGCUCAAGACCCUACGAGUCAGGACCUUUGGAGGAGUUUCUGAAACGGGAGUUUGGGGAACACACCAAGAUGACAGACGUCAGGAAACCCAAGGUGAUGCUGACAGGGACACUAUCUGACCGGCAGCCGGCUGAACUCCACCUCUUCCGAAAUUAUGAUGCUCCAGAAUCUAUACGAGAGCCUCGGUUUAGCCAGAAUGUUAACCUAAGGCCUCCAACUCUGCCCUCAGACCAGCUCGUAUGGAGGGCAGCCCGAAGCAGUGGGGCAGCCCCCACCUACUUCCGGCCCAACGGGCGCUUCCUGGAUGGCGGGCUGCUGGCCAACAACCCCACGCUGGAUGCCAUGACCGAGAUCCACGAGUACAACCAGGACCUGAUCCGCAAGGGUCAGGGCGACAAGGUAAAGAAACUCUCCAUCGUCGUCUCUCUGGGGACAGGGAGAUCUCCACAGGUACCUGUGACUUGUGUAGACGUCUUCCGUCCCAGCAAUCCCUGGGAACUGGCCAAGACUGUUUUUGGGGCCAAGGAAUUGGGCAAGAUGGUGGUGGACUGUUGCACAGAUCCAGACGGGCGGGCGGUGGACCGGGCCCGGGCCUGGUGUGAGAUGGUCAGCAUCCAGUACUUCAGGUUGAACCCCCAGCUGGGGACAGACAUCAUGCUGGACGAGGUUAGUGACACGGUGCUGGUCAACGCCCUCUGGGAGACUGAGGUCUACAUCUAUGAGCACCGGGAAGAGUUCCAGAAGCUCAUCCAGCUGCUGCUAUCACCGUGAGGCCACCAGACCCCCAGCUGUCCCACCCCACCCAUUCACCCUUCCAGCCCCUGCUGGGGAGGCCAGGGGAGGACCAAGCACUGCACCAAUGGGCAGGUCUGGGCCUAGGCAGCUCUGCGUCCACAGACUGGGACUGGAGGUGCUGACUGCCUGCCUGAGGCUAGUCCUGAAGACCUCUCUCCCCCAACCCCACUCUCCAGUGCUUUCUGUUAUUCCAGGCUUAGAAAGUCUAGAGCCCCCUCUACCCCUCCUUUGGGCUAUGAAGGACAACUGGGUUGCCCUGUCAGCCUAAACACUAAGGGUGCUGGGGCACCCCGGCCUCCCAGAGGGCCUGCUAAGGCUACUUUCUGCCCCAGCCUUAAGCAGGGGGCUCUCCAGGUUCCCUGAUGGGUACAGCCCACCCCUUCUACCCUCUGCUCUAUUCCCUGGGGUUUGGGGUAGAGAAACGGUGCGUCCCCCACACUAUCUACAGGGAAAGCCUGGGCUGCAGGAGCAGCACACCCGUUCGACUUUGCCCCUCCACACUGCCCAGCUGCUGCACCCCCCAGGGCCGCCCCACCCUGAGAACUGCCUCAGCUCUCAAAGGUCACUCCUAGAAAUUAAGUAAUCUUUCCUGAUGGAAGGGGUUUAUGAGUAGGGUGAGGCUUCAGGGUCUGCCCUGAGACUGUGAAAUAAACGGUUUGAAUUCAA